CAGCGACUUCUACAAAGAUGUUCGCAGAGGAAACGUGCAAGUAGUUUGGCCUAGUUCGCUUGCCAUUACGGCAGAGCGUCCUGCGGAGGAUUGUGGGUGCGAGUCCCACGUGAAGCUUGAAAAGGACUCCGGACGUAUUGGGUUUCUUCAAGCAUUUGUUCAGCAAGAUUAAAAAUUUAAAAUGUCAUCCAAACAAGAAAUAAUGAGUGACCAGCGGUUUAGACGGGUUGCAAAGGACCCGAGAUUUUGGGAAAUGCCAGAAAAGGAUCGAAAAGUCAAAAUUGACAAGAGAUUUCGAGCUAUGUUUCAUGACAAGAAGUUCAAGUUGAACUAUGCUGUGGAUAAAAGAGGGCGCCCCAUUAACCAUAGCACUACAGAGGAUUUGAAACGUUUUUAUGACCUUUCGGAUUCUGAUUCCAAUCUCUCUGAUGAAGAUAGCAAAGCGUUGAAUCAAAGGAAAAUAAAGAAGAAAAAACCCCCGACUCAAAAAGAAAUAGAUUCAAAAGAUCUAGUUGAGGAGAAGAAGGAAAAAACCAAUGCUAAUCAGAAGGGUUCCAAAAAUAAAACUGAUUUAGAUAAUUCUGAAGGAAUUAAAAAAAUGAAAACCUCAUGCAAAUCUACGAUAGAUUCAAGCAUAAGUCUGAAGAAGGAUAGCAAAGAAUUUAUACAAAAAAGUAUGAAAGAGAAAAAAAACAUUGUUCAACCUACUGCAGACUCUUCUCGCAAAGAAAAACAAAGGACAUUAGAUUCGGGCACCUCUGAAAUCGUGAAAUCUCCCAGGAUCAAGUGUUCUAAGACAAGAAGAGAAAUGCAAUCAGUGGUUCCACCCGUAAUGACAAGAGACAGUGAUGGUUAUGAAAACUCAACAGAUGGUGAAAUGUUUGACAAAGAUGCUCUGGAGGAAGAUUCAGAGAGUGUUAGUGAAAUAGGAAGUGAUGAAGAAUCUGAAAAUGAAAUUACAGGUGUCAGUAGAGCUUCAGGUGAUGAUAAUGGAAGUGAAGAUGAAGAAGAGAAUGAAGAUGAGGAUAGUGGGGAUGAUGAUGAAAGUGACAGUGGCCCUGAUCUUGCAAGGGGUAAAGGAAAUAUAGAAACUAGUUCUGAAGAUGAAGAUGAUAUGGCAGAUUUGUUUCCAGAAGAGUCUGGUUUUGAGCAUGCUUGGAGAGAAUUAGAUAAAGAUGCUCCUUGUGCUGAUGAGAUUACACGUCGAUUAGCAGUUUGUAACAUGGACUGGGAUAGACUAAAGGCAAAAGAUUUGCUGGCUCUGUUCAAUUCAUUUAAACCCAAAGGAGGUGUUAUAUUUUCUGUCAAGAUAUAUCCUUCAGAGUUUGGAAAGGAGAGGAUGAAGGAAGAGCAAGUUCAAGGACCAGUAGAGCUAUUAAGUAUUCCCGAAGAUGCCCCAGAAAAGGACUGGACCUCUAGAGAAAAAUUGAGAGAUUAUCAAUUCAAACGACUGAAGUACUAUUAUGCAGUAGUAGACUGUGAUUCUCCAGAAACGGCUAGUAAAAUUUAUGAGGAUUGUGAUGGCCUGGAAUUUGAAAGUAGUUGUUCUUUCAUAGAUCUAAGAUUUAUACCAGAUGAUAUUACUUUUGAUGAUGAGCCUAAGGAUGUUGCCUCGGAAGUGGAUUUAACAGCAUAUAAACCAAAAUAUUUCACAUCUGCUGCAAUGGGAACAUCAACGGUGGAAAUCACUUGGGAUGAGACUGAUCCUGAAAGAAUUACAAUGCUCAACAGGAAGUUUAAAAAGGAAGAGCUUUUAGACAUGGAUUUUCAAGCCUACUUAGCUUCCUCUAGUGAAGAUGAAGAGGAGAUAGAAGAGGAGCUACAAGGUGAUGAUGGAGUCAAUGUAAAAGAAGAUGGGAAAACAAAGAAAAGUCAGAAGGAUGAUGAAGAACAGAUCACUAAGUACAGGCAGCUCUUACAGGCUAUUCAAGAAAAAGAAAAGAAAGGCAAAGAAAAUGAUAUGGAAAUGGAAAUUAAAUGGGUUCCAGGUCUUAAAGAAAGUGCAGAAGAGAUGGUCAAGAACAAAUUGGAAGGAAAGGAUAAACUAACCCCUUGGGAACAAUUUUUAGAGAAGAAGAAAGAAAAAAAAAGACUGAAAAAGAAACAGAAGGCUCUUGCUGAAGAGGCCAGUGAAGAGGAACUUCCCUCUGAUGUUGAUAUGAAUGACCCAUACUUUGCUGAAGAAAUUAAAAAAAUAGGUAUAAAGAAAAAAUCAGUAAAAUCUGCAAAAGAUGGCACAUCUCCCAGAGAAGAAACUGAAAUAGAAAGACAAAAGGCUGAAAUGGCUUUGCUUAUGAUGGAUGAGGCCGAGGACGGUAAGAAACACUUCAAUUACAACAAGAUUGUAGAGCACCAGAAUCUGAGCAAAAAGAAGAAAAAGCAGCUCAUGAAAAAGAAGGAAUUAAUAGAGGAUGACUUUGAGGUAAAUGUUAGUGAUGCACGGUUUCAGGCAAUGUACACUUCCCAUUUGUUCAAUUUGGACCCCUCAGAUCCCAAUUUCAAGAAAACAAAAGCUAUGGAAAAAAUCCUUGAGGAAAAAGCCCGGCAAAGAGAACAGAAAGAACAAGAACGUACUCAGGCAAUAAAGAAAAAAGAGAGUGAGAUUGAAAGGGAAUCACAAAGGAAGUCCAUUGAUCCUGCCUUGUCAAUGUUGAUUAAAUCUAUAAAAACCAAAACAGAGCAGUUUCAAGCAAGAAAAAAACAAAAAGUCAAAUAACUGGAUGUUACUUAUUUUUGACUUGAAUACAUCUUUUCCUACAAUAUAUGGAAAUGGUAGGAGGAAUAUUUAUUGGGAACAAAGCUAUCUUUCAAGAAUAUGAAUAAAAUCUUUUUCCUGAACAUAGUAAAAUUUUUCUCCAUAAUUGUUGCUCUUAAUUGUGGAUGGUUGGCAAAUUUGUAUUGUAUAUUCCUACAGUCAUAAUUAAAUCAAAUGACCUGAAUUAUGGAGUCUACAAAAUUUUAUAUAUUAUGAUGUUCAGUUCUAACUAGUGGAAAGUUACUCUAGCUUCUUAAAAGGCUGUUUACAGCACAAUCAGGCUAGAGCUCAGGAUUAGGAAAUGUACUCAAACCUGCACAACUACUUGGAAACUGAACAACUUGCUUCUGAGUGUCGACUGGAUAAACAAUGAAAUGAAGGCAGAAAUAAAGAUGUUCUUCGAAACCAACCAGAAUGAAGAAUCUCUGGGACACCUUUAAAGCAGUGUCAAGAGGGAAAUUUAGAGCAAUAAAUGCCCACCAGAGAAGAGAGGAAAGAUCUAAAAUCAACACCCUAUCAUCAAAAUUGAAACAGCUAGAGGAGCAAGAUCAAAAAAUCUCAAAAACUAGCAGAAGACAAGAAAUAACUAAGAUCAGAGCAGAACUGAAGGAGACAGAGACAUAAAACAUUCUUCAAAAAAUCAAUAAAUCCAGGAACUGGUUUUUUGAAAAGAUCAACAAAAUAGAUCACUAGCAAGACUAAUAAAAAAGAAAGGGAGAAGAAUCAAAUAGAUGCAAUAAAAAACAAUAAAGGGGAUAUCACCACUGAUCGCACAGAAAUACAGACUACCAUCAGAGAUUACCACAAACAGCUCCUUAUUCACAUAAACCAGUAAACUAGGAAGGAGUGGAUAAAUUCCUAGACACUUGUACUCUACCAAGACUAAACCAGGAGGAAGUUCAAGCCCUGAAUAGACCAAUAACAAGGGCUGAAGUAGAAGCAGCAAUCAAUAGCCUACCAACCAAAAAAAGCCCGGGUCCAGAUGGGUUCACAGCCAAAUUGUACCAGACGUACCAAGAGGAGCUGGUUCCAUUCCUUCUGAAACUAUCAAACAAUACAAAAGGAGAGAAUCCUUCCCAAAUCAUUUUAUGAAACCAACAUCAUCCUGAUACCAAAAUCCAGCAGAGACUCAACGAAAAAAGAAAACUUCAGGCCAAUAUCCAUGAUGAACAUAGAUGCAAAAAUCUUCAAUAAAAUACUGGCAAACGGAAUCAAACAGCACAUCAAAAAGCUUAUCCAUCAUAAUCAAGUAGGCUUCAUCCCAGGGAUGCAAGGCUGGUUCAACAUAUGCAAGUCUGUAAACAUAAUCCACCACAUAAACAGAACCAAAGACAAAAACCACGAUUAUCUCAAUAGAUGCAGAGAAGGCCUUCAACAAAAUUCAACAACCUUUAUGCUAAAAACUCUCAAUAAAGUAGGUAUCGAUGGAGCAUAUCUCAAAAUAAUAAAAACCAUUUAUGACAAAUCCACAGCCAAUGUAAUACUGAAUGGGCAAAAACUGGAAGCAUUCCCUUUGAAAUCUGGCACUAGACAAGGAUGCCCUCUCUCACCACUCCUAUUCAAUAUAGUAUUGUAAGUUCUAGCCAGAGCAAUCAGUCAAGAAAAAGAAAUAAAAGAUAUUCAAUUAGGAAAAGAAGUCAAAUUGUCUUAUUUGCAGAUGACAUGAUUGUAUAUUUAGAAGACCCCAUUUUCUCAGCCCAAAAUCUGAAACUGAUAAGCAACUUCAGCAAAGUCUCAGGAUACAAAAUCAGUGUGUAGAAAUCACAAGCAUUCCUAUACACCAAUAACAGACUUAAAGAGAGCCAAAUCAAGAGCAAACUCCCAUUCACAAUUGCUACAAAGAAAAUAAAAUACCUAGGAAUACAACUAACAAAUGAUAUAAAGGACCUCUUGAAGGAGAACUACAAACCACUGUUCAAGGAAAUAAGAGAGGACACAAACAGAUGGAAAAACUGUCCAUACUCAUGGUUAGGAAGAAUCAAUAUUGUGAAAAUGGCCAGACUGCCCAGAGUAAUUUAUAGAUUCAAGGCUAUCCCCAUCAAGCUACCUAUGACCCCCCCUUCACAGAACUGGAAAAAGCCACCUUAAACUUCAUAUGGAACCAAAAGAGAACCCACAUCUCCAGGACAAUCUUAAGCAAAAAGAACAAAGCUAGAAGCAUCAUGCUACCUGAGUCACACUAUCCUACAAGGCUACAAUAAUCAAAACAGCAUGGUACUGAUACCAAAACAGACAUAUAGACCAAUGGAACAGAACAGAGGCCUUGGAGGGAACACCAGACAUCUACAACCAUCUGAUCUUUGACAAACCUGAAAAAAGCAAUGGGGAAAGGAUUCCCUAUUUAAUAAAUGGUGUUAGGAAAACUGGCUAGCAGUGUGCAGACAGCAGAAACUGGACCCCUUCCUGACACCUUACACUAAAAUUAACUCCAGAUGGAUUAAAGACUUAAACAUAAGACCUAGCACGAUAAAAACCCUAGAAGAAAACCUAGGCAAAACCAUUCAGGACAUAGGCAUAGCAGGGACUUCAUGACUAAAACAACAAAAGCCAAAAUAGACAAAUGGGACCUAAUUAAACUCCAGAGCUUCCACACAGCAAAAGAAACAAUCAUUAGAGUGAAUCGGCAACCAAUAGAAUGGGAAAAAAAUUUUGGAAUCUGCCCAUCUAACAAAGGGCUAAUAUCCAGAAUCUACAAAGAACUAAAACAGAUUUACAAGAAAAAAACCCAUUCAAAAAUGGGCAAAGGAAAUGAACAAACACUUUUCAAAAGAAGACAUAUAUAAUGCCAACAAACAUGAAAAAAUGCUCAUCAUCACUGGUCAUUAGAGAAAUGCAAUUCAAAACCACAUUGAGAUACCAUCUCAUGCCAAUUAGAAUGGUGAGCAUUAAAAAAUCUACAGACAAAAAAAAUCUACAGACAACAGAUGCUGCAGAGGAUGUGGAGAAAUAGGAACAUUUUUACACUGUUGGUGGGAGUGUAAAUUAGUUCAACCAUUGGGGACGACAGGGUGGUGAUUUCUCAAGGACCUAAAAAUAGAAAUUCCAUUUGACCCAGCAAUCCCAUUACUGGGUAUAUAUACAAAGGAUUAUAAAUUGUUCUAUUAUAAAGACACAUGCACAGUUUUUUGUAAACUGUGGCACUGUUUACAAAAACAAAGACCUGAAACCAACCCAAAUGCCCAUCGAUGAUAGACUGGACAAGGAAAAUGUCACACAUAUACAUCAUGGAAUACUAUGCAGCCAUAAAAAUAAUGAGUUCAUGUCCUUUGUAGGGACAUGGAUGAAUCUGGAAAGCAUUAUUCUCAGCAAACUGACACAAAAACAGAAAAUCAAACACCACAUGUUCUCACUCAUAGGAAGGUGUUGAACAAUGAGAACACAUGGACACUGGGAGGGAAGUAUCACACACUGCGGUCUGUUGUGGGGGACUAGGGGAGGGACAGUGGUGGGUAGGGAGGUUGGGGAAAAAUGCCAGAUAUAGGUGAUGAGGGGAUGGAGGCAGCAAACCACAUUACCAUGUAUGUACCUAUGCAACAAUCCUGCAUGUUCUGCACAUGUACCUCGGAACCUAAAGUGCAGUUAUUCAUUUUUGUAGCCCCCAAACUUGAAAGCUUAAAACAAACACAAUAAUAUAUUUUCUCAAGAAUCUUUGAUUUGCAAAGGGCUAUAGGGGAAGGCUCACGUGUUCCCCACAUGGCAUCAGCUGAGGUGGCUUCUCUGAAGCCUGGAGAUUUGCCACCAAGGUGGCUCCAUCACAUGGGUUACAAGUUAGUGCUGGCUGGCAGCUGGGAGAAUAGUGGCUCAGUUCCAAAAGUGAUGGAAGCUUAUUACGUUUUUUUGAGAUGGAGUUUUGCUCUUGUUGCCCAGUGGAGUGGAGUGGUGCAGCCUCAGCUCAUGCAACCUUCGCCUCCCAGGUUUGAGCAAUUUAUGUGCCUCAGACUCCCUAGUAGCUGGGAUUACAGGGGCCUGCCACCACGCCCGGCUAAUUUCUGUAUUUUUAGUAGAGACAGGAUUUCAGCAUGUUGGCCAGGCUGGCCUGGAACUCCUGACCUCAAAUGAUCCGCCCACCUUGGCCUCCCAAAGUGCUGGGAUUACAGGUGUGAGCCACUGUGCCCAGGCAAAACUAUUACUUUUUAUGACCUUGCCUCUGUAGACACAGAGUAUCACUUCUGCCAUUCGUACUUUAUCAGUGAAGGCAAUCAAAAAGGUCUUCCCAGGGGAGGAAAUACACCCCUUUCUGGGGGAGUGGCAAACUUCCAAAAUGGAUGUCUGGAAAUGUUUUGUAGUCAUAUUGGAAAAAUCAGAUCUGCUUCACUGGCCAUUUGAUGAACAUCUACCCCUUUCUAGUGUAUUACAUUAUAGUAAAUGUCCUGUUAUUUGAGCUUACCCGAGUAAAUCUUUAUUCUUUGCAAACAGAACACGCUGGAUCAGCAGAAAAAGUGCUUUACCAGCAGCUGGGCCAUAGUACAUAGGAUCACUGAGCAAGUCAGACCAGGAGAAAGGUUAUGCAUCCUCUCCAAGGAACUUGAAGUGACAGUAAAUGAGAACAGUGGUUGUUCCCCAGUAUUUGUUCUCUGUGUCUUCCACAGUAACAGGACCUGUCAGUUGAGCAUAGGGCUUUCCAUAAUAAAGAUUAUUUUACUCAUUCUUUGUAUCCUGGUGUAGAUGCAAAUGAUAGCUUCUAGGGAUCUUCCUUUGAAGUCAAUGGACUAGUAAAUUUUGCCUCUUGCCUUCUUCUGUCCUUUUGUUCUACUGCCUGUAAUGCAAAUGUAAAAGCUAAGGCUUUAGCAGCCAUCUUAGGUCCUGAAGAUGAAAGUCACACUCUAUGAUCUAGGAAGCUAGAAGAAGCCAAGAUUACUGAGAAUUUUGUAGAGCAUAUCCACCAUUUCAUCCAUGGGCUUUUCCAAAAGUUCUAUGUGAUAGAAAAAUUAAAUCCUAUCUUGUUUAA